UGAGGUGGCAGCGUCGCUCCAGCGCUCUUUCUGAGCCUGAGAGCGCAGAGCCGUCCGUGGAUGUUUUUAAGUAGGCUGAGGUUACCUAGCAGUGAAAUUCAAUCCCUGUUAACCUGUAACAUACAGCCAGGAAGAAAUUAGGCCGACCUUAAGACUUGCCCCGUUACGUUUAUUGUUUGCUACAUAUAUUUUAUUUGGUCGGCACAAGCGAUGUCAAGCAGUUGCGGGCGGAAUCCUCCUCCUUUCCCUGAUAAUGAAGAUCAGGAGGCUGAAUUAGACAGUCGUGCGCUGGACAGCGACGAGUAUGAUGAUGAAGGCGAGGACAUAUUCACCGGCGCGAGAAGUAAACCGAUCACACCGACAUCACCUCCUGAUGAGGGCGAUAUCUUCAGUGAGGAGGGCUCUUACAUCAGGACCGAUGUCCAUCACGCCACUAAUGGCCUUCACUCUGAUGAAGAGCUGGAUCUGUUCACUGAGGCCACUGUCGAGCUGACACUCACCAACACCACUAGUCAAGGCAGGAGAGAGAUUAUUGGUCCGACCGCAUCGGCUUGCAACACCACACAUGUCCCUAAUUCCAUACUCAAACCCAGCAUUGUCGCCAAGACCAUGGAGGAGUUGGAGGAGGAAGAGAGUGGAGACCAGUUUGAGCUGAACAUUGCAGUCACAAACCCUGAGAAAAUUGGAGAUGGCAUGAAUGCCUAUAUGUCGUACAAAGUUUCGACUCAGACAACACUGCCCAUGUUUCAUAAUAAGACGUUCACAGUGCGUCGACGUUUUAGUGAUUUCCUGGGACUUUAUGAGAAGAUGUUGGCCAAACACUCCUUGCUGGGCUGCAUCAUCCCACCUCCACCUCAGAAGAGCGUAGUGGGGAUGACUAAAGUAAAGGUAGGGAAGGAGGAUUCGUCCUCAGCGGAGUUCGUGGAAAAGAGACGAGCAGCACUGGAGAGGUAUCUACAGAGAGUAGUGGCCCAUCCAUCUCUGUUGCAGGACCCGGAUGUUCGAGAGUUUUUAGAGAGAGAUGAGUUGCCCAGGGCAGUAAAUACUCAGACUUUGAGUGGACCUGGCCUGCUAAAGAUGAUAAACAGAGCGUCGGAUGCAGUAAAUAAGAUGACCAUAAAAAUGAAUGAAUCAGAUAAUUGGUUUGAGAGUAAGCUGCAGGAGGUGGAGAAUGAAGAGCAGCUGUUAAGGAGGCUGCAUGCUGCUGUUGACUCAUUAGUAAACCACAGGAAAGAGUUGUGUAGUAACACAGCAGUGUUUAGUAAGAGUGUGGCCAUGCUGGGCAGUGUGGAGGAGAACUCUGCAUUGUCUCGGGCGCUGUCACAGCUGGCGGAGGUGGAGGAUAAGAUGGAGCAGCUGCAUCAGCAACAGGCCUUCAGUGAUUUCUUCAUCCUCGCUGAGCUUCUGGCCGACUACGUCAGACUGCUGGGGGCUGUGAGGUGCUGUUUUGAGCAGAGGAUGAAAGUGUGGCAGCGGCUGCAGGAAGCUCAGAGCACGCUGCAGAAGAAACGAGAGGCUGAGGCCAAACUGCUCUGGGCGAACAAACCCGAGAAACUGCAGCAAGCUAAAGAUGACAUAAAUGAGUGGGAGUCUAAAGUCAGUCAGUAUGAGAGAGAUUUAGAAAGAGUCACCUGUACUGUGCGCAAAGAAGUGCUCAGAUUCGAGAAAGAGAAAGCCAGAGAUUUCAAACAGCACGUAGUGAAAUACCUGGAGUCCCUUCUUCACACACAGCAUCGGCUGGUGAAGUGUUGGGAGGCCUUCCUGCCUGAGGCCAAAGCCAUCGCCUGAUCAGAGCCUUACCUCACAUGCUCCUAAACUUUGACCUUGACAACAGACAAUCAACAUUUCCCUCUUCCUAUUUCCUUUGCUCUCUGUGUGUCAAAUAACAUGUACAUCUUAAUAGCUGUCCAUCAAAAAUCAAUCCCUAGAUUGUUAUGGUAAACCCAAACAGUGUCACUGUUGACAAUUGAAUGUUUAGUUUAAAGGUUAAAGGUCAGAGUGGCUUUUAAAAUAGAACAAGCUGUGUGGGGUGCAGCAAGAAUUUUAUUUGUGUGCACGUAUGUAUGUGUUUAGUGUUAUCCUUAAGGUUUUCAAUGGUGCUUGUGUAGUGUUCUAGUAGAGACAUUAAACCGCCUUUAAGAUUGUUGAGUCUCAUUUUCUCUGUCAUGUGGGGUGCGACUGAACAUUGAGUUUGUAAUUCAUUCCAGAUAGUACAGAAAAAUGCUUGAGAUGUUCCCAGGGUCACUCAACCCAGCCUGAUGUUGCACCACAAAGUUAGAGUAUGAAAUGGAAAGAAAAAAAAAAAAAAAUGAGUCACAGACCAAGAAGGGAAAAUGGUUGGUGUCUUUUGAAUGAAGUCCCAUAAUUUGUGUUAAUAGUUUUGACUGACUGUAUGUUCUCAAACAAUGCACUGAUCUGGACUGGUCCAGAUAAAGGUCUACUUAUAGGUGGACAAACAUUUCUAUUAAAAAUUGUAAAUUAACUUACAAACAUACAUUAAAAAAGGUUUAAUUCAUUUUAGGGAGACUGUAAAAACAUUUGUACUGUGGAUGCUUUUAAUCUUUAACAUUUAUGCACUGCUGGUGCAUUCAUGAUAUCACACUACCUGCAGAAACCAGGGGCCUCAUUUAUAAAACACACAUGAUCAGAUUUGAUCCUAAAUUCCAUGGAUUUCAUCCUACGUCCAAAGAGAUUUAUAAAAAGAGAAAAUGUUCUUAUGCAUACACCAAAAGAAGAAAAUGUGUAUAAAACUUUUUGCACUCAUAUACAAACAAUUAAAUUGAGCACCAAUUAAGAACAUAAAUAGGCUGUUCACAAUAUGCAUUUAUAUUAUUAUAUAUGCAAAUAUGCAACAUUUUAACUGGCUUGUGAUAAUUACGUAACUGAAAUUAAUUAUAUAUUAAUAUAUAACUAUGAAGGGAUAUUAGCGGGCAUUUUGUAGGUGGAGUUGCGUGUUUACAUUAUGAUUGAAUUCAUGAUAAAUUACGAUUUAUCAAGAGUGAAGCAUUUAGGAACAUUUUUGUGCAUACAGACGUUUUUAUAAAUCGUUCAUAGGAACAUUUUAGAAAUGUGUUCACAUUUAGGAUCAUUCUAUGCACGUUUUUGUAAAUGAGGCCCCAAGAAUUUACAUAACAUAACUAUUGAGGGGACACCCCCCAUAUUCAAAGCAGAGGUAUAUUCGUUUUUUGUUUUUGUUUUAAAGCCAGAUUUACACCAAUUGUCAAUUUUGGGUUAUAUACUUUGUAAAAAGCUCUUUUGCGGACACUAAGUACUCUCUGCUGUUACACACAUGUAUCAUAAGCUGCCAUUUUGACUAAUAACAAGAUGUUAAUGACCUAUUACAUGUAAGACAUGCAUUUAAAACAGUUGUCCUGUCAAACAUUAUUUGUCUAUUUGAUGAAAAUAAAAAGGGAGUUAAAAAGC